AUCAAGCACCCCGGUCAGAUUUGUAGGCACCCUUGGUCCCCGAUCUGUUGAUGUUUUAGUUCAGCUUCUCUAUGAGCCAAGAUGAUGUUCUUAUUAACCUCAACGUCCCCGUAGCUAAGACUAAUAUCUCAAAAUCCUUUCGCCCUAAUAUUUAUGUAUAUACGGCACGGCACGGCGCGGGACAUGUAACGCCGUGUAGAUCGUAUUUUCCUUCGUCGUUUGAAUUUCAAGUUAGGUCCCUAUGGCGCAUUACGCUGCUGUUGACGCGCAGAACGACUCCCCACCCCCAGCUUCGCACGCAACAGGUUCUGUAUCAGAGACCGAAAGCACAAGGCACGUACCUACGGAUCAACACAACUAUGGCUAUGAGUAUGGUUAUGGAAAUGGGCAGGGACAUCAGUAUCUACCGGUAUACUCGAUGACGGGGAAUGCGGAUCCUCAUGCGAAUGCCGGUUAUGUUCAUGCGACAGCACCCUCACCUAACACGACUGUAUCCCCACAAACUGAACAAUACCAACAAUUUGGAGUAGAGAACUCUACCUAUUCGUCUCCACAAUCUCAAAUUCAUCAUGAUCAUAGCAUAAUUCAAGAGUAUCCGAUGGGACAGGAUUAUACAAGCCCGAAAGAAUACCCCGUUGGCCAGGAAUAUGCGUAUGCGAAAGACAAUCAUUAUGUGUACCCGACUCGAGAAGUCGCACCUUCGUCAGCCAACACCGAUACAAAUCGUCGCAGACUCGUUCUUCUUCAUCAUCUAUGGCUGUGGGAAAUUCUCGCGUCAAUUUUUAGUCUUGCCUGUGUAGGUUCUGUUAUCGGCGUCCUCUCUUACGAACAAGGGAAGCCGCUGGAUCAAUGGCAACAUGGGUGGGGCCAGCAAAUAUCGCCCACUGCAGUUGUAUCUUUCCUUGGUACUAUGGGCAAAUCUGCCUGUCUGCUAGCAGUCGCAGAAAUCAUUUCGCAAUUGAAAUGGAUACAUUUCAAUGCGGGUCCUCAGAAGCUUAGGGACCUUGAGAUCUUUGAUAAUGCGAGCCGUGGCCCUUGGGGCGCCCUGCAGCUAGUAGUCCUCAAGAACAGGACCACACUGUUAGCCGGAUGCGCCUCUCUCCUUGUGCUGGCCGCAUUGUUCGUCGACCCCUUUCUGCAAUUGGUCUUCACAUUCCCUCAGUCAUUAACACCUGUUGAGGGUUCUUCUCCAGCUAUACGAGCAACUCAGGUAUACGAUCCCUCUGCUCUUGUUUCGAGAUUUACACAAUGCUAUGGCGCCGCGCAAGUAGAUUCCGUCUUGCAAGCCGCGAUCCUAUCGCCAGUAUGGAACGCCACCCGCGCGCCAUCCCUCCCGUGUAACUUCGAGCGCUGCGAAUGGCCAUCCAUCACCACACUAGGUGUCUGCAGUAGCUGUACUGACUUCACGGACAAAGUAGUGCCGAAAUGCACUGUAUCCUCCCAAUCCAUUCCCCAGGCACAAUGCAACUACACCUUAGACGCCAACACCACGCUCUCCGCUGAUUUCGCCGUAUUCGGCGGAGCCGCAGAAAUGACGCCGUACCACACGCUCUGGCACUCCCAAGUCAACACCACCAGCCCAGCCCAAGGGCAAGACGCGCUAAUCACCCAAUACUCCUUCAUCAGCCUCCCGGACAUCUCCGACUGGACCACUCUCGUCGACUUCAACACCAAGCCAUGGAAACUAACCUCCACGCCUCCAAUCAACAAAGCCAUGCAAUGCUCCUUCUCGCUCUGCGCGCGUACCUUCGAAACCCCAUACUUCGCGAAUUUCACCAACGGUCCCCUAACCGGGCCCUCAACCCCUCUCAACAUAGCCUCCAACCCGCGACCUUUAGAAAACGACAUAGUCCGCGUAACCCUCGAACCCGCAACCUCGGACCACCCACCCAUGAACACAACCUUCGCGAUCAACGAAUGCGAUUUCCAGGACCUAAACACAUACCUGCAAUCCCUCUUCAACGUGCAGUACUGGAGCGAAGGCAUGACCAGAGGACCGAAUCAAAAUUCCAGUUCCUCGACUAGCAACUCCCCGCUUAUAACGCCUAACAUUGGUUUAGCGCUCAGUGAGACGGGGGAUAUACCGGAUUUGAUGCGGCAGAUAGCGGAUAGUAUGACUGAGGCUUUGCGCACGUCGGUGAAUAGCACGGUUGUAACGGGCGUGGGGAUGAAUACUGUUACGUAUAUCGCUAUUACGUGGGCGUGGCUCGCGCUUCCGAUCGCACUAGUUGUGUUGACGUUUUUGAUGCUACUACUUGUUAUAUUCCGUAACGGAGCGCGCGGCGUGCCGAUUUGGAAGAGUUCGAGUCUGGCGUUGCUGUUCCAUGAUUUACAGGGCUGGGAUGAAAGUGAGAGGCAAGCGGGGCACCCACAUGAAGUGCAGAGGCGAGGUAUCCAGAUGAAGGCCCAGGUUGUGAAUGAAGGGGGUCAGAUGAGUUUUUAUAGAGCGGGAUGAGAUGGUAUAGGAUGACGGAGGGUAAUUGUAAUAUAUGAGUAAUGUUUAACGCGUUACAUGAUUAUUGGGAGUACAUAUAGAUAUCCAAACAAGAUUGGCCUCCAAAACGUAUCGGCCUUUGAAU